GGUUUCUGCUUCGUGUUGGUCUUGGCUAAUCUUUUACCCUCUCUGUUUGUCCGAAUUUACAGGAUUGCCACUGAGGUUGCUUGCAUUGUCUUUAUCUACAACGUCCCAACAAUUUACUGAGGGAAGAGGAAGAGACUUAGCAAUACACACAGUUUCUGUGAUUCACUAGCAAUAGUACAUCGGAGAAAAAGAUGGAGAAGCAGCAAUUUUCAGUGGGAGAUUCGUCCGGAGAGACCUCGGAGACGAAGAAAAGUGAGUGUACUGAAGAGAAGUUUGUGUGGCCAUGGGUUGGUCUUGUAGCUAACAUACAAACGGAGGUUGAUAAAACUGGUCGGAGAGUGGGCAGAAGCGGUUCAACGUUCCGUGAUGAGCUCAUCGAGAAGGGGUUCGAUCCAACAAGAGUCCAACCCAUCUGGAACUUCAAGGGACACUCUGGUUUCGCCUUGGUGGAGUUCACCCGAGACAUUAAAGGGUUCGAGAACGCCAUGAACUUCGAGAGGAGUUACAAAUCAGACGGCCAUGGCAAGAAAGAUUGGGAGAAAGGUGUUCACUUGAGAGAUGAUAAGCCCUACGGAUGGGUUUGUAGAGAGGAAGACUACAACCGAGGUGGGAUUGUUGGCAAGAAUGUUAAGAAGAAGAGAGACUUGAAAACUUUAUCACAGCUUCAAGAAGAGGAGGAAAGGAAGAUGGUUCAGCUUGUUGAAAACAUGUCUCAGUCCAUUGAGAUGAAGAUAAUAAGCAAGCAAGAGCUCGAACACAAAGUGGAUGAGACUUCUCGUGUUCUGGAGAGUGUGGAGUUGCAUAACUAUCAGCUAAACGAAACGUACAAACAAGAGGUUGAUAAGAUGCACGCGAACUUGCAAGGGCUGUAUCAGCAGAUUCUGGUAGGACAUGACAAGUCUAUGUCUGACCUGGAGACAGAGAGGGAGAAGCUGGAGAAUCGUGCGAGGCAGAUCUACAUUAACGAAGCUGAGAUGGAAAAAUCCAGACUCGAAAUAGAAAUGAAUCAAAAGGCUAUGAUGGAGCAGAAUGAAGCGAACAUGGAAGCCAUGAAGCUUGCAGAGAAGCACCAGAAAGAGAAGGAGAAGCUUCACGAGAAGAUAAUGGAAAUGGAAGCGAAACUAAACGAAACACAAGAGCUGGAGCUGGAGAUAGAGAAGCUGAAAGGCAGCACCAAUGUGAUGAAGCAUAUGGCUGGGAGUGAUGGAGAUGCAGAGUUGAUGGAGAAGAUGGUUAAGACUCAGAUGGAGCUUGAGGCUAGAGAAACAGCUCUGCAUGAUAAGAUAAUGGCUGUAACACAAAAAGAACGUAUGGCCAACGACGAGUAUCAAGAGGCUAGGAAAGAGAUGAUUCAGUUGUGGAAGGAGAACGAAGAUUUGGUGAGUGGGGAGAAGAUAAGAGUGAAGACGAUGGGGCACUUAGACACGAAGCCGUUUGUGCUAGCAGUGAAGAAGAAACUUAGAUGUUCAGAAGCAAGAGCAGGGCUAAAAGCUAUGGAGUUGUGUUCAUUUUGGGAAGGACAAAUUGGAAAUGUGCAUUGGCAUCCGUUUAAAGUGGAUGAAUCUGAUGGAAUCGCAAAGCUAGUGGUUCAUAAAAACGAUUUGAAGCUGGUUAUGCUGAAGAGUGACUACGGUGAGGAGCUUUACAAUGAGGUGGUGAGAGCGAAAGUGGAGAUAGUGGAAUACAACCCGAGUGGUGGAUAUGUGGUUUCGGAGAUGUGGAACCUUGAGAAGAACCGAAAGGCCACGAUGGAGGAAGGAACGGAUGUGAUGCUGAAGAUGAGGAAGAAGCUCGUGGCUAUGAAGAACAAGCGAAAGAGGCGUUGAGAAAAGAUGCGCAAGAUCUAUCUACUUAAGCAAAAUAAGACUGAACUUAACGAACUACGUGAAGUGGUUUUGGCUUUUGGAUAUUGCUAUGCUCCUUCUUUUCUUACAGACAAGUUUAAAUUAAUGUGCUAGUACUGUGAUUGAUUUUGCCA